UAUUAAUCUUUUCUCUUAGAUAAACAGUCCCAGUCUUUUCAAUCUCAUUUCACAUUAGAGUUUUUUGGCCUUGGGUCUAUUUCUAGUUAAUAGUAAAUAUAUUAUUUUAAAAUGAAAGCUAAUGAUUAAUUUAGUAGACACAGAAUGGGUUAACUAAUUCAGUGCAUGAAAAUGAGGAAGGAAAAUUAAAAAAAAAAACCCCACAUUUAUGUUCCGCUGUAAAGACAAGUUUCACUAUUCUGAAUGUACCAGUGAAGGUAACAAUCAGCAUAGGAACAGCAACCAAGUAUUCCUUCAACACAAAGGAGAAUUUCUUUUUAUCAUAAUCUUUAUACAGCUUCUGUUUUAAACAAUGAACUGGAGUAACAUCAACGUCACCAAUGGGACAUCAUCUUUCUCUGGACAAUGCCACAGAGACACCAGAAUUGCACAUGUAGUAUUCCCAAUCCUAUACACUGUCAUUUUCCUUACUGGAGUUAUAUUGAACAGUUUGGCUAUUCGAGCUUUUUUCCAAAUUCAAAGCACCUCAACUUUCAUCGUCUACCUCAAAAACACUUUGGUUUCUGAUUUCAUAAUGACUCUUAUGCUUCCUCUGAAAAUUCUUACUGAUUCAGGACUGGGACCAUGGCAACUUAAAGCUUUUGUUUGUCGCUUUUCAGCUGUGAUAUUUUAUGAAACCAUGUAUGUUAGCAUAGUACUACUUGGACUUAUUGCUUUUGACAGAUUUCUCAAAAUUGUGCGACCUUUUGGGAAGUUUUGGGUGCAAAAUGUCACUGCUGCACAAAUUCUUUCAGGUCUUGUUUGGCUUUUCUUCUUUGUCCUCUCCUUGCCAAAUAUGAUUUUAUCCAACAACAAAGCAACACCCCUUUCCGUGAAGAAAUGUGCUUCUCUGAAGAAUCCCUUAGGACUGAAAUGGCAUGCAGCUGUCAAUUACAUAUGUCAGUUUAUCUUCUGGACUGUGCUAAUUCUAAUGCUUCUAUUUUAUGCAAUUAUUACCAAAAAGGUAUAUAAUUCGUAUAUAAAAACUCAAAAGAAAGAUAGCAAAAGCAAACAGAGGAUUAAUGGGAAAGUAUUCAUCAUUGUAGCUGUCUUUUUCAUAUGUUUUGCCCCAUUUCAUUUUUGUAGAGUACCAUACACACUAAGUCAAACUGGCAAUACAAGUGACUGCAAUGUACAGAACCUAUUAUUCAUUGCUAAAGAAAGUACUCUUUGGCUAGCUACUACAAAUAUUUGCAUGGAUCCUUUAAUAUACAUAAUCUUGUGCAGAUCGUUUGUAGAAAAAGCAUUCUGUGUUAAAAUGAAAAAAUUUAGAAGUACAAUGAGGGAAAAUCCAACAGUCCCCUUGGACACCAGAAUCUCUGUAUAGAUUCCUAAUUUGGUGCAACUUUAUAGCUUUCUGUAAUUUGCACUAAAUUAUUUGCAGAGAAGUUAAAGGAUACUUUGUGUCAAGAUGUUUUAUUCUAGAACUGAAACUUAAAGCGUCGUUCUUCUCUGAAAUGUGACUUUGUAAAAAUGGCAUAAUGUAAUGUUAUACUAUCAGAAGUACUCUGCUUAACAAAUAAAAUGCUGUUUCUCUAACUGCCAGACCCAAAAGCUCAGCUUGCAGUCCAAGAACUAAUCUGGGUUCUUUCCACCUGAUGCAUCAUCAUCAUCAUGACUAACAAAAGUUCAGCCAGCCAAACAUUCUUCAAUGACACUUGUGCAGCCACAAUGUCUUCACGUUGUAACCCAAGUGAUAACCGUUCAACUUCACUUCCUUCAGUGGUGUUGCACAGGUGGGUUAGGACAUAGUGAAAAAUCACGUUGAUGGUAAUGCUUUAGGUGGAACAGAAUCCGGUUCACACUCUCGCAUUGCUGUGUUGGCUCCACAGGGCUAACAAGAGUAGAAAGCACUAAAAGCUUUUUUGUCACUAAAACAAGUAGAUAAGGACAAUACACACAGUAACUGGAAAUGGUGAAUAUGAAGAUGGACUAAAAAUACUUUGCCUAACUUGGAUAACAAGAGGCACAUGGCAGAGUAUACAAAUAUUUAAAUUCUAUCUACUGCAUACGAGAAACUAGGUAUACUUUAGUAUAAAGUUUACUGCCAUCUAAAAUAAACAGCAGAUUUUUACAUAUUGAAUAUGGAUGCCCCUAUUCAACAUUAAGGUUUUGUUGCUCUUAACAAAUGGCACUGUUGGUUGUCGCUUACCGUAUAUGGAAUCACAUGGCAGGGGAGAGGAAAAAGAAUUUUGCUUGAUACAGAAAAUUAUGAUGAGGUGUAUGAGGCAAGUCAUCCCCCGUCCCUCCCCUUUGCACAUCACAUCUCUCAUUGUCUUGCUUCCUCCAUCACCCACUUUUCCCCUCCUCAACAGUGUAGUCUAAUGGCUGGCAACAUUUGUUGUUUAAGCCACCAACUGCCUAAUGACCAUUGAGUUAAAGUCUUGAACUAACCAAACAGUAUAAAAUAAUAUUAAAACUUGCCAAGUUUCUGGAGCGUUUUUAAUUCCUUCUGAAUGGCUAUAC